GUGUGUCUUGCAUCAUACAAAAUAUGCACAGAUUUUCGAUGGCUUGUUCUUUGCGGCAAAACCCGGAAGUCUUCAUUCAUCGCAGGCACGGAGGAAUAUGGAGCUCGCUGGGCAUUUGCUUGUGAUUUUACAAUUAAUUUUCGUCUGGCUGUCCACUUCGGUGCUUGUUGAAGAUAAUGUUAUCAGAGAAAAAAAUAUAACUUAUUCAUCAAAUUGCUGGUUGGAUUUCAAAUAUUACAAUAUUUCCUGUAGUCUUAUAAAUCUUUCCAUCAAUGGCACAACAGUUGUUCAAGACAACAGCUUCAUUCUGCCCAUAACCAAUUUCUCUACGUCUGAGGGAUUCAAGGUGGACGACUGCCAAACCGUAUUGGUGAGAUGUUACAAGAACGGCAUAGAGACGCAUUAUGUCGCUCAAGGGACAGAGGACACCAAAAGUAAUAAUGUGAAGGAAGAGGAUGGAGACAGCAAUAGAUAUUGGAUCGGGGUAGUUGUGAGCGUCCUGGUCUGUCUGUUCCUGGUCUGUCUCCUGGCACUCGCAGGUUACUACAGGAAGCUACAUUGCCGGGAUAAACACAUUUUGCCCUUAUGCUGUGAAUCCCAAAUGAAGGACCCCAUCGAGGACCCUGCUGCAAAACGGAACCUUUGUGAAUCCCAGGAAACCCUGCAGUCGGAGCAGCUGAUGGACAAGACACCCAAUUCCAGAUGAACAACUCACCCCCAGCCGCACCCCACUUCCCCCCACUCCCCCGGCCGAUCUCAGUUCAAGUGUUACAUACCUCAUGGGUAUCUUGUGACUGUCUUAUGACCUGAUGUAAUAGAUUACCUGAUGAGCAUGAUCUAAUGGUCUUGUGGAGGCCACAUGAUGUAAUUUUCCCACCGAUGUGAGGUCAAAUUCCUUGGUGUCUGCACUUCCGAGGAACUCACCUGGUCCCUGAGCUCCUCCAUCCUGAUCAAAAAGGCACAACAGCGCCUUUAUUUCCUGCGGAGCAUUAAGAAAGCUCACCUCUGUCUCAGAAUACUGAUGGACUUUUACCGCUGUACCAUUGAGAGCAUACUCACCAACUGCAUCUCAGUGUGGUAUGGCAAUUGUCCCGUAUCGGGCCAUAAAGCACUCCAGCGUGUGGCGAAAACUGCCCAGCGGAUUAUUGGCACCCAAUUGCCCACCAUUGAGAACGUCUACCAUAAAGGCUGCCUGGGCAUGGCAAAAAGCAUUAUCAAGGAUGCCUCUCACCCUAACCAUGGACUUUUUACUCUCCUCCCAUCUGCUAGGCGCUACGGGAGCCUCCACUCCCACACCAGCAGGCACAGGAAGAGCUUCUUCCCUGAGGCUGUGACACUGUUGAACCUCUCAUCACAAUACUAAGCAGCAUUGCACCAUAUUGUACUGUCUCAGUACUUUUAUAUUUAUAUGCUGUAGCGCUUACUUUUUAUUCACAGUUAUUUUGUAAAUAACUGUAUGCUUUGCAUUUCUGGUCAGAUGCUAAUUGCAUUUCAUUGGCUUUGUAUCUGUACUUGGCAUAAUGUCAAUAAAGUUGAA